AUGGACUAGCGAUCUUAGAGUUUUGUAGGAGAUCAGGAGAAUUACGAUAUGGAUCUAUUUGAUAAUGACAGAGAAUUUGCUGAGGGUAAUUUGUAUCCAACUGAGUUCCAAAAUUAUACGCAACAAGUCAAACUCAAACCUGAUCACGAGAAAAGACCUAUUUGGAUAGCUCCAAAUUUUAAACUCUACUUAGAGUCAUUCUCUCCUUUGUAUAAAACUGCCACUGAGUUCUUGAUAGGAAUAGCAGAGCCAGUUUGCAGGCCAAUGUACAUUCACGAAUACAUGAUUACUAAGUAUUCUCUUUAUGCGGCAGUAUCUGUUGGACUAACUAAGGAGAAGAUCUUUGAGAGACUUGAUUUCCUCUCCAAGAACGAAGAUAUUCCCUCUGAUGUCAAGGCUUUCAUCGAGCUGUACUCUAGUAGAUAUGGCAAAGCCAGACUUGUUCUCAAAGAUUGCAAAUACUUCAUUGAAUGCUUCGAUAGAAAUACGAGAAACAAUCUGAUGCAAAUACAACAAAUUGAGUAGGCCUACAGAUCUUAGCUUAGGAGAAAUGCAAUGAUAGAGUAGCGAUUAAAAGAGCAGAGCGAGAGGUAGAGAGUAGAGGAAAGUGCAGAGACAAAGGCGCUGCGUGAAAGGAUUACUAACUCUAAUAGUUUGAUUGCCUCAAGGCCAACUGCGACAUCCACAUCUGGAAUGAUGUUGAAUCAGUAGUCAGUUGAGUAGCAAGAACUAACUGAGAGAUUUAUGAACCUGAAAGAUGAAUUCUAGGUUCUGAUAGAUCAAGAAAUGGAGGAUGUAGAUAAUGGCUAGGUAGAUGGACCUGCAUAAGACGGCUCAUCUAGAGCACAGAGAAAGCAAGAUCUCAUAUUUGAGAUUGAUCCUGAAUAAAUAGAGGGAGUAAAAGAAGCUUGCAUCAAAGAGAACUAUCCUUUGAUUGAGGAGUAUGAUUUCAAGAGAGAUAAAACACUUCCUGACCUAAAGAUUGAACUCAAAUCAACAACUCAAAUUAGACCAUAUUAAGAACAAAGUUUAAGCAUGAUGUUUAGUAACGGCAGAGCUAGAUCUGGUGUUGUAGUACUGCCUUGCGGUGCUGGUAAAACUCUGGCUGGUAUUACAGCUGCUUGCACUAUUAAGAAGAGCAUCAUGGUUUUAUGCACCAGUGGGGUGUCUGUAGAGCAAUGGAGAUAACAAUUCUUUUUGUGGGCAAACAUCGGAGGAAAGGUGUGUAGGUUCACUUCAAAGACAAGAGACUAGAUGUUCAACUCCUAAGCACCAGAUGGGGAAGCGGGCAUAGUCAUAUCUACUUACAAUAUGAUUGCUUAUUAAGGCAACAGAAGUAAUGAGACUUCUCAGUUAAUGAAAGCUAUCCAAAACACUGAAUGGGGACUUCUAAUUCUUGAUGAGGUCUAGGUCGUACCAGCAGCUAUGUUUAGAAAGGUCCUAAGUAUUUGUAAAUCUCAUUGUAAGUUGGGUCUCACAGCUACCCUUGUUAGAGAAGACGAGAAAAUAGACGAUCUGAAUUUCCUAAUUGGUCCUAAGCUUUAUGAAGCUAAUUGGCUUGAUUUAUAGUUACAGGGCUAUCUAGCUAGAGUACAAUGCAUUGAAGUAUGGUGUGAAAUGACCCCAGAAUUCUAUAAGGAAUAUUUAAGCGCUAGACCCAGGCUAAAGACUAAUCUCUAUGUCAAUAACCCAAAUAAAUUCUUAGCUUGCCAAUAUUUGAUAAACUUACAUGAGAGUAGAGGCGAUAAGAUCAUUGUAUUUUCAGAUAAUCUCUUCGCUUUAAAGAUGUAUGCUUAAAAACUGAAAAGACCUUACAUAUCUGGAGAAGUCGGCCAGUCUGAGAGAAUGGGCAUCUUGCAUUACUUCUAGAAAACAAAUGAUAUCAAUACAAUAUUUCUGUCAAAAGUUGGUGAUACCUCUAUUGAUUUGCCAGGAGCCAAUGUCAUCAUUUAAAUAUCUUCUCAUUUUGGAGCCAGAAGAUAAGAAGCCUAAAGGCUUGGUAGAAUUUUAAGACCAAAGCAAAGUGCAGAGAAGUAAGCUUACAGUAAUUCAACUGAGUUUAAUGCUUACUUUUACUCACUUGUGAGUACUAAUACUCAAGAGAUGUAUUAUUCUGAUAAGCGUCAGUAAUUCUUGAUUGAUUAAGGCUAUUAUUUUGAAGUGAUUUAAGAACUGCCAUUUAUGUCAGGUGAAAAUAACAAGGAAAAAGAGAAAUUGCUAAUGCAAUCAUUGCGUGAGCAAGUAGAAUUCCUGACUUAGAUAUUGUAGAAUGAUGAAGCUAAGUUUGAAAGUCUAGAAGAAAGGGAAGAACUUUUAGAAGAUGAUGAGGAUCAAAUUGGUAUAGAUAGACUAAGAAAGAGAGAGCUAAAUAGUUUAACUGGAGCUGAUGGAAUGUAUGAGGAAUUCUAGAGAUGA